UGCUGGAUGGCAGUGCGCCUUUAAACGCGAAAAAGUGAUCGGAGCCGCCGGAGCAGCAAAUGACAGCUCCAGCUCUAAAGCAAACCAGCAAAGGAAGGAAAUGAAGCUUCUAAUGAGCACGCCGGGUACCGGCGGUGAUUUGCGUGGGCUUUAUUUAGGUGGCUGCGGACGCUAUCAGAGAGAAACGAUGAAAUAGGGCGGCUGGAGUGGAUGUGCUUACAUUGCCAUGGCGAGGGGACUGCUUCCCUGGGCCUCCCUGAGGAAGAUCUGCGGCAGUCACUACUACAUCCAGGCCCACUUGCCAUGUGUACGUGUCAAGUAUCUCUUCUUCUCGUGGCUUGCAGUGUUUGUUGGGAGCUGGGUGGUGUACGUACAAUAUUCCACUUACACAGAACUGUGCCGAGCUCACGAUUGCAAGAAAAUAAUUUGUGAUAAAUACCAGAAAGGAAUUAUUGAUGGAUCAGCAUGUGGCAGUCUGUGUGAUAAAGAUACACUUUACUUUGGCAAGUGCCUGUCCAAUAAGCCAAACAAUCAGGUAUAUAGAGGAGUAUGGGAUGAGUCACAGAUAGUAUUAAAGUGUAAGCUUGAAGGACUUCUCCACUUUGAUUUAGAUUCUAACAUGGAACCAAGGAAGGAGAUGAACUUAUUUGACCAGCCAACUAAAGGCACUUCCAUGGAGGAGUUUCGAAAAAUGGUUUACAAUCUCUUGAAGGAAAAGCUUGGUGAUCAGACAAAUCUUCAGGAAUUACUGAAAUUGGUUGUCACCGUAGCAGAUGGAAAUAAAGAUGGCCACAUCUCUCUUGCAGAAGCAAAAUCUACUUGGGCAUUGCUUCAGCUUAAUGAGUUUCUGAUUACAGUAAUUCUACAAGACAAAGAACACACACCAAAACUACUUGGAUUCUGUGGAGAUCUUUAUGUAACAGAAAAAGUCCACUACAGUUACCUCUAUGGUCUCACUAUUCCUUGGGUUUUGGAAUUUUUCAUUCCCUCUGGUUUGAGGCGUAGUAUGGAUCAAUGGUUUACUCCCUCUUGGCCUAGAAAAGCGAAGAUUGCAAUAGGACUUUUAGAAUUUGUUGAGGAUGUUUUCCAUGGAACAUAUGGCAAUUUCCUUAUGUGUGACCUGAAUGCAAAUAAUAUUGGCUAUAAUACUAAGCAUGACUUAAAAAUGAUAGAUAUGAGAAAAAUUGUACCAGAGGUUAGUUUUAGACAACUCAUCGGUGGCCGCCACUGCGAGACUGAUGUAGAUUGUGUCUAUGGCACAGACUGCAGGACCACAUGUCAUCAAAGCAAAAAGCAAUGCACCACUGAAUUAGAUCAGCCAAACCUGACUAAGGUCUGUGCAUUGUUGAAAGACUACCUUCUAAAUGGUGCUCCUUCGGAUGUGAGAGAAGAACUGGAGAAGCAGCUUUACUCCUGUAUAGCCCUCCGAGGAACUGCCAGCCAAAUGGAAAUGGAGCACUCCUUAAUAUUGAACAACCUAAAGACAUUGCUGUGGAAAAAGAUUUCUCAUACAAAAGAUUCCUAAACACUUAUGGAAGAAUAGAGUUCUACAGUAUUAAUUGAAUAUCAUUGAGGGAAGAAAGCAUUUUUUUUGGUGAAGGUUUUGUGUUUAGUUUGUCUAUUGAGCACAUUAAAUCAUAUUGCUUAAAAAAAUUAAAAGGAAAACCACUAGAGAUUUUUAUUAAUUUAAUGGUUGUAAAUUUGGCUGAUUUCCUUUGAGAGGGUGGAAACAGACAUGUAUUGCAGCAUGAUGACUUUUGUAUGGUUUUUAACCACAGUUUGUCGCAUGACUAUUAAACUGACAAGACAUUGCUGAGCCUUAGUUAUGUUGAUGCUAAACUGGAAGAAAUACUAAAUCUAUGGACUAUUUCUCCUUCUAUGGUAGACAAUUUUUAAAUGUGUCUAAAUUGCAAUGGAAUAUGAAUGCAAUUCAUUUUUAAAUUGUUAAUUGAGCACUUUAUAUUCAUAUAUUCACUUCAUGAAAUCCUGUGGGAUGAGGGUACAGUAUUUAAGAAACUUUUGUGACAGUUUGUGUUUAUAAAUGGCCAUUGAUUUUUUUUUUAGGUCAUUUGUUCAAAAGGUAAUUUUUUUUGCAUUAAAGUAAUUUUUAAAACCUCAUUACAUGAUUACAUUUUUAUUAACAUUAGUGCAAUACAUAUUAAUUUCCAUUCUCAUUUUCACUUAACCUUGCUACUUUUUUUAUGAUGCAGUUUGUUUAUUAGACAUGAGCAUGUUGCUGUUUAUGGGUCCUGGGUGUGUACAUGUUGUCAAAGCGUAUUUCUUGUAUUACGUUGGUAACUUUGGGAUGGCAUGAAGACAUAAAAGAUACUAUGUGACUGCAAGUCCUUUUCUUUCUCUAUCAUUCUGUGGGUUGUAUUCAGUGAGUUGUGUUCUUUAAUCCUGCUGAAGUAUCUAUUCUUUUUAAAUGUCUUUUUGGGAGAUGGGCCCCCCCCCGCCCCACCCCGCCCAUUUUUAUUCUUCAUGCAGGUGAAAUUGUAGAUUUUAAGUUGUUACCAGAAUAACGCAGGUAAGUAAGAUCACUACAUUUUGUGAAGGAAUGAAUAUCACCCUUGGUGGAUGGGUGCCUGUCCCCAUGCACUGUUUUUGUACUGAAUGGUGCUAAGAUUCCUGCCUUUUAUUGGUGCUUCAUUCAUCCAAAUAAGAGUAAUGGAAUGUUCCACACUCCUUAUUUGUGCUUUAUGGACUGUAGGAAGGUUUUGUAGUCAGGAUAAAAUAGGGUCUUUUAAGAGACUCUUGGAAAGGUACAUGGAGCUUAGACAAAUAGAGGGCUAUGGGUAACCCAAGGUAAUUUCUAAGCUACAGAUUCAGCACAGCAUAGUGGGCCAAAGGGCCUAUAUUGUGCUGUAGGUUUUCUGUGUUCUGUAAGCCAUCCACGGCAUUUACCCUGUUGCAAGUUUCAAAGAAGUGGUGCAGUUGAAUUUCUGGCCAAUUUUGAUCCUCGAGUUGUUGGUGGGGGAUUUGGCACUCUUAAUAUUGUCAAACAUCAAGGGUAUGUAGUCAAACUCGUACGGGAGAUGAUUAGUGCCAGAUACUUGUACAGCACAAAUGUUGCUUGCUAUGUAUUACCCCUUCCAGAACCUUCACCCUCUAACUAAUGAAAGCCAGUAUUCUAAAUAAUAUGGUCUUUUCUAACCAUAUUAUUUAGCUUUUUUAACUUCUAAAGAUCUAUAGAUUUGUACUGCAAAAUACUACUAUUCCUCAAGACACUACUAUUCAUGAUAAAUAUCUCAGCUUCAUUAGUGCUCCAAAAUUGCACCCCCUAACAUCUGUUUGGAUUAAAUUCCUUCAGUCAUUUUUCAGCUCAUUUCACCAACAUAACAAUAUCUCUCUGCAGUCUAAGACAAGGUUAAGCACCACCUCAUAAUCGACACCACUAGUCCUAGACAUCCAAUUGGAAAAACAACACUGUACCAUCACCUUUGUCUACUGACCGAUCAAUUUUGCUCACUUGCCCUGGACUAUGUAGGUACUAAUCUUUCGAAUCAGACUUUGAUGUACUUAUUAAAGACUUCACUUCAAGUCCAUGUAAAUCACUUUGACUGCACUGCCUUAAUUAAUACACUCUGAUACAUAGAAAACCUACAGCACAAUACAGGCCCUUCGGCCCACAAAGCUGCGCUGAACAUGUAAUUGCUUUAGAAAUUACCUAGGGUUACCCAUAGCCCUCUAUUUUUCUAAGCUCCAUGUACCUAUCCAAGAGUCUCUUAGAAGACACUAUUGUAUCCGCCUCCACCACCGUCACUGGCAGCCCAUUCCACGCACUCACCACUCUGCGUUUAUUUGAAAAAAAGACAACUUGCCCAUCAUCUCCUCUGUAGCUACUUCCAAGCACCUUAAACCUGUGCCCCCUUGUGUUAGCUAUUUCAGCCCUGGGAAAGAGCCUCUGACUAUCCACACGAUCAAUGCCUCUCAUCAUCUUAUACACCUCUAUCAGGUCACCUCUCAUCCUCUGUCGCUCCAAGGAGAAAAGCCAAAGUUCAUUCAACCUAUUCUCAUAGGGCAUGCUCACCAAUCCAGGCAACGUCCUUGUAGAUCUCUUCUGCACCCUUUCUGUGGUUUCUGCAUCUUUCCUGUAGUGAGGUAACCAGAACUGAGCACAGUACUCCAUGUCGGGUCUGACCAGGGUCCUAUAAAGCUGUAACAUUACCUCUCACUAGACACUAGAAUGCACAGUACAGGCCCUUCCGCCCUCGAUGUUGUGUCGACCCAUAUAUUCCUUAAUAAAGAGUACUAAACUCACACUACCCCGUAACCCUCUAUUUUUCGUUCAUCCAUGUGCCUGUCCAAGAGGCUCUUAAAUACCCCUAAUGUUUUAGUCUCCAUCGCCAUCCCUGGCAAGUCAUUCCAGGUACCCACAACCCUCUGUGUAAAAUAAAGAAAUAAAUAAAAUUUAAAAUGAAAAAUAAAAAUUUACUCCUGAUGUCUCCCCUAAACUUCCCUUCCUUAACAUUUGCUACUCACGCCCUGGGAAACAGGUACUGGCUAUCCACCCUAUAUGCCUCUCAUAAUCUUGUAGACCUCUACCAAAGUCCCUUCUCCUCCUUCUAUACUCCAAGAGAAAAGUCCCAGCUCUGCUAACCUUGCCUCAUAAGACUUGUUUUACAAUCCAGGCAACAUCCUGGUAAAUCUCCUCUGCACCCUGUCCAUAGCUUCCACAUCCUUCCUAUAACGAGGUGACCAGAACUGAACACAAUACUCUUUAAGUGUGGUUUCACCAGAGAUUUGUAGAGUUGCAACAUGACCUCUCUACUCUUGAACUCAAUCCCCCUACUAAUGAAGCCUAGCAUCCCAUAGGCCUUCUUAACUAUCCUAUCAACCUGUGCAGUGACCUUGAGGAAUGUAUGGAUUUGAACCCCAAGGUCCCUCUGUUCAUCCACACUCUUAAGUAACCGACCAUUAACCCUGUACUUAGCCUUCUGCUUUCUGGUUUGUCCAUCUCUGCUAUUAAACUCAAUCCCAUGGUUGAUGAAGGCCAAUGCACCGUAUGCCUUCUUAACCACAGAGUCAACCUGCACAGCAGCUUUGAGUGUCCUAUGGACUCGGACCCCAAGAUCCCUCUGAUCUUCCACACUGGCAAGAGUCCUACCAUUAAUACUAUAUUCUGCCAUCAUAUUUGACCUACCAAAAUGAACCACCUCACACUUAUCUGGGUUGAACUCCAUCUGCCACUUCUCAGCCCAGUUUUGCAUCCUAUCAAUGUCCCGCUUUAACCUCUGACAGCCCUCCACACUAUUCACAACACCCCCAACCUUUGUGUCAUCAGCAAAUUUACUAACCCAUCCCUCCACUUCCUCAUCCAGGUCAUUUAUAAAAAUCACGAAGAGAAGGGGUCCCAGAACAGAUCCCUGAGGCACACCACUGGUCACCGACCUCCAUGUAGAAUAUGACCCAUCUACAACCACUCUUUGUGGAUCCAGAACUGGCUUGUCCACAGAAAGCAAAGCAAUGUCCUUUGGAUCCCAGGCUUCCUUACUUUCUCAAUAAGCCAUGCAUUGGGUACCUUAUCAAAUGCCCUGCUGAAAUCCAUAUACACUACAUCUACUGCUCUACCUUUAUCAAUGUGUUUAGUCACAUCCUCAAAAAAUUCAAUCAGGCUUGUAAGGUAUGACCCUGCCCUUGACAAAGCCAUGCUGACUAUUCCUAAUCAUAUUAUGCCUCUCCAAAUGUUCAUAAAUCCUGCCUCUCAGGAUCUUCUCCAUCAGCUUAGCAACCACUGAAGUAAGACUCACUGGUCUAUAAUUUCCUGGGCUAUCUCUGCUCCCUUUCUUGAAUAAAGGAACAACAUCCACACUCCUCCAAUCCUCUGGAAUCUCUCCUGUGCCCAUUGAUAAUGCAAAGAUGAUCGCCAGAUUCAGCAGUCUCCUCCCUCGCCUCCUAUAGUAGCCUGGGGUACAUCUCAUCCGGUCCUGCUGAGUUAUCCAACAGCUCCAGCACGUCCUCUUAAUGUCUAUAUGCUCAAGCUUUUCACUCCGCUGUAAGUCACCCAUACAAUUGCCAAGGUCCUUUUCCGUAGUGAAUACUGAAGCAAAGUAAUCACUAAGUACCUCCGCUACCUCCUCUGGUUCCAUACAUACUCUUCCACUGUCACACUUGAUUGGUCCUAUUCUCUCAUGUCUUAUCCUCUUGCUCUUCAUAUUCUUGUAGAAUACCUUGGGGUUUUCCUUAAUCCUGCUUGCCAAGGCCUUUUCAUGGCCCCUGCUGGCUCUCCUAAUUUCAUUCUUAAGCUCCUUCCUGCUAGCCCUAUAAUUUUCUAGGUCUCUAUCAUUACCUAGUCUUUUUUUAAACCUUUCGUAAAGCUUUUCUUCUUGACUAGAUUUUCAACGGCCUUUGUACACCACCAAAUAUCCCCUGAACAUUUGCCAUAUUUCUGCCGUACAUUUCCUUGAGAACAUCUGCUCCCAAUUAAUGCUUCCAAGUUCCUUCCUGAUAGCUUCAUAUUUCCCCUUACUCCAGUUAAAUGUUUUCCUAAUUUGUCUGCUCCUAUUCCUCUCCAAUGCAAUGGUAAAGGAGAUAGAAUUGUGAUCACUAUCUCCAAAAUGCUCUCCCCUUGAGAGACCUGACACCUGACCAGGUUCAUUUACCAAUACCAGGUCAAGUACAGCCUCUCCUCUUGUAGGCUUAUCUACAUAUUGUGUCAAGAAACCUUCCUGAACACACCUGACAAACUCCACCCCAUCUAAACCCCUUGCUCUAUGGAAAUGCCAAUCAAUAUUGGGGAAAUUAAAAUCUCCCAUCACGACAACUCUGUUAUUAUUGCACCCUUCUAGAGUUUGUCUCCCUAUUUGCUCCUCGAUGUCUCAGUUACUAUUGGGUGGUCUAUUUUUUUUUUAAAAAGCACCCAGUAGAGUUAUUGACCCCUUCCUGUUUCUCACUUCCACCCACAGAAGACAAUCCCUCCAUGACUUCCUCCUUUUCUGCAGCCGUGACACUAUCUCUGAUAAACAGUGCCACUCCCCCACCUCUUUUGCCUCUCUCCCUGUCCUUCCUGAAAUAUCUAAAGCCUGGCACUCUUAAGUAGCCAUUUCUGCCCCUGAGCCAUCCAAGUCUCUGUAAUGGCCACAACAUCAUAACUCCAAGUACUGAUCUGCACUCUAAUCUUGGUUCAUGAUACUCCUUCCACAUCUCAAACCAUCAGUCUGAGCGCAUCUCUUCUCUAUCAUCUACCUAUCCUCAGUCUCACACUGCCUACAAGUUUCCUCUAUUUGUGAGUUAACUGCCCUUUCCUCCGUCUUUUUAAUUCAGUUCCCACCCCCCAGCAAUUCUAGUUUAAACUGGAAUCUCCCUGCCGGGAUAUUGGUUCCCUUUAGAUUCAAGUGCAGCCCAUCCUUUUUGUACAGGUUGCACCUGCCCCAAAAGAGGUCCCAAUGAUCCAGAAAUCUGAAUCCCUGUCCCCUCCAUCCAUCAGCCACACAUUUAUCCUCCACCUCACUCUAUUCCUGUACUCACUGUUGCGUGGCACAGGCAGCAAUCCCGAGAUUACUACCCUUGUGGUCCUGCUUCUCAGCCUCCUUCCUAACUCCCUGUAGACUUGUUUUCAGGACCUCCUCCCUUUUCCUACCCGUGGUGUUGGUACCAAUAUGUACCAUGACCUCUGGCUGUUCACCUUCCCAAUUCAGGAUAUCGUGGAUGCGAUCAGAAACAUCCCGGACCCUGGCACCUGGGAGGCAAACUACCAUCUGUGUUUUCUGUGUCCACAGAAUCACACUGUAGAGUCCCAUCUGCCAUCCUCUUCCCUUCCCUGCCCUUCUGAGCCACAGGGCCAGACUCUGUGCCUCUGUUACUUCCCCUAGAGUACCAGAGUACUUAUUGUUAAGGGGAACAGCCACGGGAGUACUCUAUUAUCUGACUCUUGCCCUUCCCUCUUCUGUUACCCACUUAUCUGUCUCCCGAGGCCCUGAUGUGACUACUUGCCUAUAGCUCCUCUCUAUCACCUCCUCACUUUCCUUGACCAGACAAAGGUCAUCGAGCUGCAUCUCCAGUUCCUUAAGGAGCUGCAGCUUGACUCACCUGGCAGAGAUGUGGCCAUCUGGGAAGCUGGGAGUCUCUCGGACAUCCCACAUCCAACACCCAGUGCAGAACACCGGCCAGGCAGAAUACUUCCUAUUCCUAUUUUUCAUAAGUAACCUAUCUUGCCUCGACCCAUUAUCACCAUUCGACCCAUUAUCACCAGAGCCCCGUUGAGCCAAAGCCCUCCGACUUUGACACCCUCUAUUCAGGCACCCACUCUAUAAAGCUGUCUUCUUUUAAAAUUCCUCCCGCCAGUCUAACUCGCUGACGUCCAUACACCUCCACGGCCGUGCCCUGAUACCUCCGAUAAAGAAUUCAGUCAAAUUGGUCAAAUGGUAUCUGCUCUUGAUAAAGCCAUGUUAGGCUGUUUUGGUCUUGUCUCUACCUUUCCAAAAGAUCAUCAAUCAUGUCGCUCAGAAUUUUACCCAGUUUCCAUGAAUGUUAAGUCUCACAGACCUGCAGUACCAGGUUUUUCCCUGUUGCUGUUCUUGAAAAGGGAAGUUGUAGUCAUCCGAUUCCUCACUUCUGUACAACGAAAAUUAAAUUAUCACAACCAAAUUCACAGCAAUUUCUUCCAAUACCUCCCAUUACUGCUGGGAUAAACCUCAUCUGAACCUGGGAAUUUAUCCACCUUCAGGCCUGCUUAUGUAUCAAGUCUUUAAGGAGAGACCUGUACUAGAUUUGCAUCUGCCCCUUAUCACCAAAUUCUCCACAGCAACCUUUGUUUUCUUUUGUGAAUACCACUGAAGGACCUACCUAAUCUAUACUUUCUGGCUCCAUUCAGACCAACAAUGUAAUUAAUUGCUCCUGGUUUUUCCAAAUCAUAAGCUUUUUUUCAAGUUUAUUUUGAUCCUUGUUGAAAUACUGUAGGAGGAACCAGCAGCUGUAGGAUGGAGAGUGACAAACAACUGCAAGCUCAGAGCCCUACCAACAGACAGAAUGUCUAUCAACAAUGCCAUCUCUUUAGGUUUCUGUAAUGUACACUACCUUGUCAACAAAGGAUAAACUGAAUAAAAUGUUACCUUGCAUUCUAUGUUAUGGAUAUUAGUUAAAUCUGCCCAUAAAUUUAGCAUCCUAAAUUUCUGCCAUGUUGAGUUCAUCAGCCUGGUAUAAAGACCAUAAGACAUUGGAACAGAAUUAGGCCAUUCAGCCCAUCGAGUCUGCUCCACCAUUCCAUCAUGGCUGAUCCUGCAUCCCACUCAACUCCAUACACCUGCCUUCUUGCCAUAUCCUUCGAUGCCCUGACCAAUCUGAAACUAUCAAUUUCCGCUUUAAAUAUAUCCACGGUCUUGGCCACCAGCGGCAGAGCAUUCCACAGAUGCGCUACUCUCUGGCUUAGAAAAAAAGCCUCCUCAGAUCUUUUCUAAAAGGUGGCCCCUCAGUUUUGAGGCUGAACCAUCUAGUUCUGGAUACCCCUCCCCCAAAAAGGAAACAUCCUCUCCAUGUCCACCCCUAUCUAGGCCUUUCAACAUUCAGUAGAUUUCAAUGAAAUCCAAGUGUUCUGCUAAACGCCAGUGAGUGCAGGCCCAAAGCUGCCAAAUGCUUAUUUGUUAACCCCUUCAUUCUUGGAAUCAUCCUCGUGAACCUCUUGUGGACUCUCCAAUGACAGCGCAUCCUUUCUGAGAUACAAGGCCCAAAGCCAUUGACAAUACGCAAACUGCGGCCUGACUGGUGUCUUAUAAAGGCUCAGCAUCAUCUCUUUGCUUUUAUAUUCUAAUCCCCUUGAAAUAAAUGCCAACAUUGCAUUUACCUUCUUUACCACAGACUCAACUUUCUGAGAGUCUUGCACAAGGAUUCCCAAGUCCCUCUGCACCUCUGAUGUUUGAAUUUUCUCCCCAUUUAGAUAAUAAUCCGCAUUAUUGUUCCUUUUACCAAAAUGCUUUAUCAUAAUUUUCCAACACUAUAUUCCAUCUGCCAUUUCGUUGCCCAUUCUAUCAAUUUGUCUAAGUCCUGCUACAAUUGCAUUACUUCCUCAGCACUACCUACCCCUCCACCUACCUUUAUAUCAUCCACAAACUUUGCCACAAAGCCAUUAAUUCCAUUAUCUAAAUCAUUGGCAAACAAUGUGAAAAGUAGCAGUCCCAAUAUUGACCCCUGUGGAACACCACUAGUCACCAACAGCCAACCAGAAAAGGCCCCCUGCCUGUCAGCCAUUCCUCCAUCCAAGCCAGUGACGCCAUAAAAUUUUAGCAGCCUCGUGUGUCACCCUAUCAAACGCCUUCUGAAAAUCCAAGUUAAUGACAUCCACUGCCUCUCUUUUAUCCACCCCGCUUUAUUUCCCCAGAAUUUCCCUUUACAGAAACCAUGCUGACUUAAGACUUAUUUUAUCAUUACUCUCCAAGUACCCUGAAACCUCAUCCUCAAUAAUAAAUUCCCAACAGCUGAGGUUAGGCUAACUGGCCUAUAAUUUCCUUUCUUUUGCCUUCCUCCCCUCUUAAAGAGUGGCGUGGCAUUUGCGAUCUUCCAGUCCUCUGGGACCAUGCCAGAAUCAAGUGAUUCUUGAAAGAUCAUGAUCAAUGCAUUCAUUAUUUCUUCAACAACCCCUCUCAGGACUCUGGGAUAUAGUCCAUCUGGUCUAGGUGUCUUAUCCACCUUAAGAACUUUCAGUUUGCCUUGCAGUUUUUCCAUUGUGAUAGCAAUGGCACUCACUCCCACUCACAGACCUCUGGCAUACAGCUAGUAUCUUCCACAGUGAAGACUGAUGCAAAGUACUCAUUAAGUUCCACUGCCAUUUCUUUAUCCACCAAGUGGAUGUGGGACCAAGUCAUCAUUGUUUGAUGAUUCCACACCAAUGGGCUAUCCCAUGUUGUUCUUAAUAUUGUGUAACAGUUUUAGGUUUAGUAUCUUUCUAUAGGUAUAGAAUAUUACACUGAUGCUGACUGUCCUCUUUGCCCAAUGCAAGAAGCCAUUUCUAAGAUUUUUCUAUUGGCCCAAUCUGGACUACCCUACCCUACCAGUAUCAACGGUUCUUGCUGAUAUGUUUAAAAGAUCCAAUUCAUCCAGUUAUGGCUUUUCUGAUUUUCACUUGUGAUUGCUAUCACCAUUCUUUUCUACAUUCUCUAUUCAUUACCUUAGUUGUCAGAUCUUCACUAACUUCACCAUUGAGCAUUUGGACUUCUUUGCAAUCACCUGGUCAUUCUCCAAAACAAACAUUUCUCCUAUUGGUUUUGGUGUAUUGACUUUUUCCAGAGCUGCACCAUUUGUUCUAUUUUUGUUUUAAAUCAUCUAGAAUAGAUGAAGACCUAGAAAACUCAAACUGAAGCCAAUAGUGGAAACGAGUUAAAUGUGUGUGAAUACAAAAUGCCAAACAGGAGCUUUGCAGGCUGGAUAAAGAGAUUGCUGAUGGUUUUUGUAAAGAGGCAAUAAACUCUCAAAACAGUUGGGCAUAGAUUUUCAUUUAUAAUAGCUGCAUCAUUUGAGUAUACUUAAAUAGUCAAAAUUUAAUUUCCUAAGCAUCUUAUUAACACACGUUAAGUAAACAUUGCAAGGAUAGACUAAACUUUGUUGCCUCUUCGCGGAUGCUGGAUUUUCUUUGGUAAUUAAAUUUAUAUGCAUUUUAUUCCCUGUAUGUGCUAUCCACAAUUUUUGUGAAGAUUAUCUGGUAAAAAUUAUUGAACAAGUGGUGCAUUAUCUUAUAAAGAAAGAUCAAUGUACUAAUUUCAUUUUGCAUCUUAACUUUGUAAGCUCUUCCCUUAAGAAUGAAUCCAAUAACUCUGAAGUCAGUUUUUUGUCAAGUAGUAUCUACAGGUGCAUAGCAGUUAAGGCUUUGUCAGAAUCAGUUCCUUCUAUUUUGAUGUUGUCAAAUUUCUUUGUAAUCAAUAAAUCAACUAUAUGCCUCUUCUGUAAUGGUGAUGCAUUGUCAAUGAAUACUUGUUAGUUGCUUAUUUCCCCCUAAUUUGUGUACAAGUUCCUGUCCUGUGUAUGUGGUUUUGGAGGAUCCACACUGAAACAUGCAAUUAUUGAUUACUAAUUUUCAAAAUCAAAUUUACAAAAUACUCGUGAUCUGUUAUGCCAAGCAGCCCUCUAAUUCUGAUUUCUUCAUUUUUAUGACUAUUUUAUGAAAAAGCUGAGGAUUGAGGAUGCAACUUGCAAGCUUCAGAGCCUGAAUGACAAGAAACCACAAUCACGAUGGCAUUCUAAAUUAAGAAUGUUUUGUUUUCCAGUUCUAUGCAUCCAGCAUGGAAUGCAUUCCCUUAAAUAUAGCCAGGUAAUGAGGUAAUUUAGUAUUAUACUGAUUUGGAUGGUGAACAGAACCAUUCUUAAGUCUCAUCAAGAACCUGUAACUGCUGUUCUGAUAAUUCCCUGUUCUUUCCACAUGACUGCCUUCCUCAGGUUUCUAUUUUUAUUAUAGUGCAGUGCACACCAUUGCGUUGCAUGGGGGUGCAGUGUGGCAACAAGUCAAAUGAUGGAAAAGUUGUUUCAAAUUGGGGUGGAGUUUUUGCUACUCUGGAUGUUGACCAACUUUCCUAUUCCUUUAAUGCUCAAGUUAUUUUACCUGCUCACCUCUUAGGUAAGCAAUUAAUUACAGGAUUUCAUCAAAACUCUUGUACACCUUCCCCAAAAUCAGAUCUCAAGUGCCCAGAAUACACCCAAGGUUCAACAAUUGAAAUUGUGAUUUCAGAUUAGAACCAAUGUAAUUUACUUGCUUUUAAAACUCAACAUGCUGCUUUUAAAACUUUAAAGUGCUGCCUUUACUUUAUGCUUACUUCUCAAUCUUACUGUUGUCGGGUCAGAUAAGUGAAUUAAGCACAUGCCACUGCUAAAUAAAAUUGGUUAUCUAAUUGCAACCUCAGCUACCUUUAAACCCCUGCCAUUACAAAUAAAUUCAAAAUACUUGCCUGAGGUUAUUUUACUUCACGUCUUAAUAAAGCACCUAUUUUUCAGAUUAGUUCUAAAUUCUCCCACAAGUAUCUUUGAGGAUGUCCCUUCAAGAAUUUAUUUCACACUAAUUUCCUCUAACUUUUCCAAACUCCAAGCCUGUCAAAUCUUUAUUCAUAAAAAUAACCCAUUAAUAUAAGGUAUUGGUAAAAUAAAUCUCAGCAUUGCUUCCUACAACUUGCAUGCUUCCUUAAACAAAAUCCAGUUUUCAUACCAGUUACCUAACAGUUUUGGCCUGAAACAUCAACUGUACUUAUUUCCCAUAGAUGCUGCCUGGCUUGCUGAAUUCCUCCCAACACUUUGUGUUGCUUGGAUUUCCAGCAUCUGCAGAUUCUCUUGUAUUUAGUUUUCCCUAACAAUAUAACAUUAGCUUUCCUCAUUACUUACUUAGCAGGCUACCAGGUGUUUGUAUAUUCUUCCCAUGACUACAUAGAUUCCCUCCAGCUAUUCUGGUUUCCUCAUGUUUGUGAUAAUUAUGCUGGCUCCCUUUGGAUCUUACCUAAAUAAGGUCACCACUCAUCCUUUUAAACUCCAAAGAAUGCAAGCGAAAUUGUGCUCUUUUCGCCCAUUAAAAGAUGUGAUUUAUCCUGGUGGCCCUCUGAGACACCCUGCAAUGCAUAUCCUCUACAAUACCCUGUAUGACUGUAAUAAAACCUGCCCACUUGUACAAUAAAGGCUAAUGCGUAAUUUGCCUUGAACUACUAGUUGGACCUGCCUGCUAUUACUCUCUAGAUAAUAAACCUCAUGAUCCCCUUACCAAAAUUCACAACUUCCACUUCCUGACACCAUUUGCCAGAUUACUGUUCCUGUCUUCGCGAUUUUCCAGUAGGAUAUUAAUAAUGCCCUAACCACAGCAGGACCUUCUGCAGGAUUGGAGACACAGCUCAGCACAUCACAGAAACCAGCCUCCCCUCACACAGCAUCUGCCCUUCUCACUGCCUCAGUAAAGUAGGCAGCAUAAUCAAAAAUCCCAUCCAUCCUGCGCACUCUUCUCCCCUCAGGCAUAAGAUACAAAAGCCUGAAAGUUCGCACCCUAGGUUACACCCUUACUGAAUAGAAAGGGUGUAAGACGACUGAAUAGUUCUGUUUUAUAACAAAUUCAAAUAUAUUCAUCACUAUGAAAGCAAGCUGAAAGUUCAUACAGUUAAGACGAAAUCCAAAACAUGCAGAGCUAAAACCAACCAUGCCAUUAAAAAGGAGUACAUGAACACUCAAGACAGACUUUCCAAGGCAAAUUGAGAAGAAAAUAUUUCCUCAGUCUGAUAAUACAGCUCUGGCAAUAAAAUGGUACAAUGAUACCUCUGCCCUUCAAAGAAUAUCUAAUCGAAUCUAUUUUCCAUCUGAUCACCAUAUUUUUCACAAAUCUGUCGUGUUAAAUGAAUACAUAGAGCUCUAUGCAUUUAGAAUUUUUGGAAUUCACAAACCCCAAACCCCUUUUGUACGUGACAAUGCCUCCUAGCUUUAGGAUUUUACAAUAUACUGUUGCCUGUACGAGGGAUUGGAUAACUGGGCUUUCCUUAGUCUAGAAGAAAGGAAACUGCUGGAGGUACAUAAAAUUCUAAGAGGGACAUAUAAGAGGUGGGAGAAAGGAAAUCUGAAAAAGGUAUUUUAUAGUGGCUGAUAUCUGGAAUAUAUACUACCACAAGGUGGUGGAAUCAGAUACAAUAACUCCAUUUAAGAGGUAUUUUGAUAGACACUUAAAAAGAUAAGCAAUGCAUAGAAUACAGUUCCAACGCAGACAAAUAGGAUGAUCAAAAAACGUCAACAUGGACAUGGCUGGCUGAAGGACCAGAUUCUGUGCCGUAGGACUGAUUCGUCCCACAAAAAAAAUUCUCAAAAUCAACCCUGUCAAGCUCCAGAAUUUUACCUGGUUCAUUAAGAUCGACUCCCAUUACUCUCCUGUAUCGUUCCACUCUACUUAUUCUUUCAGAAUAAAAACAAACUUUCCAAUGAAAAUAUACAAUUCCUUUCUUUAGCAAA